AUGGAGAAACUACCGACUGAAAUCCUCGAACUCAUCCUCCAACAGAUCCCCAACUCAGCACUAGAAACAACCACCAAGAACCUCCGCAAAACACUGCCCAACAACGACAGCAACGACCUACUCCUACUCCAACACCAGUUCAAACAUCUCACCAUCACCAACCAAGAAGAGCUCAGCCAACUCAUCCGAGCCGCAGAUGACCCAGACCAUCAACCCCUCAUCAAGAACUUCACCCAGUCCAUCUCCUCCCUCGCUUGGAGAUACAGAGAUAACAAUCUGCUCGUCAAUCUGAUCAACCAGAUCGCCAAAGCCUCAGAUUCGCUUAGAAUCCUCAGACUCAGAAUCGGCCCGCUCUUCGCUCCCGAACAGCUCGACGAACUCUUCCUCUCUAACUUGCCGACUCUUCAAUUUAUCGAUCUUCGGUUCAAUCAAAAUCUUUCGAGAAGAUCUUAUGAACCGUUCUUAAAAGGCGCCUAUUUCGAUUCGAGCAUCGACCUGAUAUCCAAAUGGCCCGAGACGCGGACGUUCAGAAGUCUUUCGUUCGUCCAAGAUCCGCCCCCACAGCGGGAAGAGGGGGCAUACUCGAACAACCGGGGGAUAGCGCAGCCGAUCAUCCUAUUCCGAUUCUGGUGUCUGACCAAGCUGUCGACCUCAGCGAUCGGCCAACAUCUGAGACACUUACGGGUCCGGAUCCCGGGCCGGAAUGUGGCGACCUCUUUUCUGGAUAAUCCGGAGGCAUCAGCCUCCGACGAGUCGAUCAGAGUGGGCAGACAGACCUGUAAGCUGCCGCGACCGCCGUUCCCGAGCUUGAAGCUCUUGGACCUCUCGACGACGAUCCUGUUGCCUUCUUCAAUCUCCGUCACCUUGGUAGGCGCCCUCCUCCGUCGGCUCCCCUCGCUCACUCAUCUCCUCCUCGAUCGCUCCCAGCUCCUCAUCCCUCCCCGCUUCUUGGCCGACGUCGAGCGCGUCAAAGACGAGCUUCAUAACCUCGGCUCCGUCGUCGCUGCCGCCGGUGUCCCCAGAGCUAACGAGGCUCAGAAAGUUUGGAAUAGACUCUAUAAGUGCUAUGAGACCGAACUCGAGGCGCUUCUUGUUCCGCCGUCGAGAUUUGCGUCUCAGCCUGAUACUCCUCCUGCUCCGCCGAUCCUUAACCCAUCCACUUCUUCUUCUUCGACUACUACUAAUGGUACUAGACGGAAAGGAAGAAGCGCUUAUGCCAGUGCCCCUCGCUGGAAAUCUACCCCAACUACUGCUCAAACUUCCACUUCAACAGGAUCGACUACUCCCGCGAGUCCCUUUGACUCGUGUUCGAAGCGGUCGAUAAGACGGAAGUUGAUCGCCCAACGAAUGCCGGACAAAGUGACGAUCCUGCCCGGCCUAUCUAACCUCAUCUCGCUUUCCUGUGGAACCGAUCUCCCGUCUAACGAUCCUUUCGACCCAGACGACCAGAAUGCUCAGCAUGAUCAGGAGACGGGGGAGCAGGAGGAGAAGCAGGGGUAUGAGGAACGGACAAGGAGCGAGUGGAAGGAAUGCUUCGAGACCGGAUGGGCUCUCGGAUGUCGCAAAGUCCAGGACGCGCUCACCGAGAAACUGCUCUCACAUUCCAGAGCUCUGUUGGUUUGGGAAAAGAAACUCGAGAAGAUCCGGCGUGAUGGGAAUCGGCCGAAGACUCAGACACAGAUGAAGAGCAUAAUAAAGACCAAGACAAGGACACGCAAAAAGGAGGAUGAGGCGAAGGGGAAGCAGAAAGAAAAGCCAACAAAGUCGAAGACGAAUAACCAGGUUGGAAAAGAAAAUGAAGAUGAUGAUGAUGAAGAUCGAGAUUCUGAAGAUGAGGAUCAAGAUUCCGAAGAAGAUUCCUCAGAAGAAGAGAGUCAUGAACAGAUCGUGCGACGAUGUGAGGCGAAUCGGCCGGUGCUACUGAUCCACGAAACCGACCCGCUCCGAGGGCUUCUAGUCCGGCCCACUGACACCGACAGGUGCCUAGAUCUAGUGGAAGAAGAAGACGAAGAAGCUCACACGAGCAUCUUCGGCCACUUCCUGCGCACCCAACAUCUUGUCGAAGUCACACAGACCAGGAAUGGUCAGUUCUUAGAAGAAUCGGAGAUGGGGGUUCAGAUUGGAGAGAAAGCGACGAGGCCUCCCAAGUUUUGUUCGAUCAACGAUUGCGACGAGGUUGGCAGGGUAGUAUAUGAUGAUGAUAGGGGGUGGAGUGGGGCCCGGGUGAAUCUGUUCGACUUCAACAACCCCUUCGCCCGGCCCGACCGUCCCCAUGAGCCCCUGCUUCACCACCUCUCCCUCGCCCAUAAGGAGGCCCUCCAAAACAGUCCCGUCUGGCCCCGCUUCCACAACCUCGCUUUGUCCCGGCUUCCUCUCGAUCAACUAGAUGCUCUCGCGCCCCUUGAUCAUCAUCUUCUUCAGGACUCGCAUCUCCCUGCGUCGUCUCAUCCCCUCAAUUGUGGGCAUCUCGUCGCUAGGAAAAUUUGGGAUAUUGAUUCUUGGUAA